UAUUCGUAUCGGUAUCACCUUCUAUAUACGGCGUCAUAGCCUUAUCUCAUAGAAUUCCCUCUUGAACUCAUACGACGAUGGAGGAGGACCAUCCGUUGCCAUCUGCUGUAGCCAACCUUAGAGAGAACAACACACGAUCUGGAUCAGGGAGAUCUAACAGAUCCGUCACAUUUUCAAUACAAGAUGAUGAUAUUAAUGAGAACGCGGUUGUAGAUACAGAGAGCGAGGAUGAGAGAGAUGGUGAUGAUAGUGACAGUGGCCACAAUCGACGAAGAUCCUCGCGUUUAGACGAUACUUGUAUAGGAAACCCCGAGAAAGUGAACGCAGAUUUAGAAACACAAGCGAAGGAUGAGAGCAACGAGGAAACACCUCCAGCGAAACAAUCUCCAUGGCAGAGAUUCCUUGAAAUGAAGUAUGUUCGUUGGAUGCACGUGAAUCAUUCCUGGCAUCACUUCAGACCUAUCAUUCGAGCGAGUUUGGCUGCAUGGCUGGGUCUUCUGUUAUUCCUCAUACAGCCAGUUUUGGAAAGAAUGGGCCAAGCGGCGUUUUAUAUCCUUGUUUGUGGUUUUCUUGCUUCUCCACGAGACGCUAUCGUGCCUGAUAUAGAGAGGCAGAUAAUCAAUUUGGUGUUCGUUUGUUCCGCCUGGGCUUGGGCUGUUAUUGGUCUCGCAAUUGGUUUCGCUGGUAGAGAUGAUGCACUCAGCGAAGCAACAAUGGCAGAAAUAAUGGAUGAAGCGAACGCUCUAAAUGUACCUAAUGUAGCCACUUACAUUCAACAACAAACUUUUGAGGGACGCUUCAUACAAACGUCGACGUCCAUCGCCGCAGCGAUUUUCCUAGCAUCAGGCUGUGGCUUUUUCCUUUACUUGAAGUCGAUUCUUUCACCACCAAGAUACGGAGUUGCUUGUGUCUUCUCUGCAAUCUGCUUGAUUGUUAGUCUCACUCAAGGACAUCUGACAUAUUCGCCGAAUUACCUCAUAGGCUCGUAUUUCGCUUUGCCAUUAGCAUUACAAUCCGCAAUUAAUAUCCUCUGCUCGAUUUUUGUUCUACCAGUGACAGUAAACCACCAAUUUCUGAUAGGUUUGCAGGCUGUCCUCCAGCCACUCCAGAAAUUCGUACAAGCGGAGACUGACAUGUUAGGUAUACCGGUCACAUCCGAGGAUUGGAUAGAGCGUGUUAAAUACCUCAAGCAGCUCAACUCACAGUCUGUUCAGGCUAUGAUAGCGGUACGGACGAAAGACGCAUACAUUUUCCGCGAAUAUAGCUUUGGAUUGCUGAGAGGUAGAGACUGCCACGAGAUGUUGGAACUCAUUAGAGUUGUACACCUGCGUAGUGGUGGUUUCCUCACUUUCUGCGAAGCCCUUUUGGUUGCAUUCCACAACAGACACAUAUUACAAGAAGCGGUGACGAUAGCGGAUCCAUCGGAAAUGCCUCAUGCUACAGCUUCAUUGUAUGGUAAUUCAAGAAACCCUUCACCUUAUUCGUCCCAGCCAGGCACCCCAAGGAGUUCGGUGGCUUUGUCAAGACACGACACUGGUGAUUCGCGUGACAAUGAUAGCCACCAUUCGGGUUUACAUAUCUUUGGUUCACAUAGUAUUGGAACACUCACGGAAAUGCUCACAAAAAAGAAACAUGUUGCCCCAAUUGGUGUGUUUGAAUCACAAAGGUAUAUGGCUCUAGAGCAACAGUUGAAAUUUACCGAUCAGGAAUUCGUUAGAGCACACUUCAAAAUCGUCAACGCUGAAUCAAAGGAGUUGAACGAGAUUACAGCGGCGACUAUAGCACAUAUACAUACCCAAAUUGACAGAAUUGAUAAGGUUAGAUUGGGAUCGUGGAUAUUUAGACGCAAGGAUGCCCCAAGUGAAGGAGAUGCCAUUGUUCAAAACAUGGAGGUCUGCGAUAAUCUCAGAAGAGCGAUUGAUAAGUUCAAAAACGAGGAUAGAUUGGCUGUAUUGAAGAAUUACGAGAAAUUCUUCGAUGGUUCUCAGCCCAAAAAGAAGAUUCCUUAUAGGGCGUUAUUCUGGUCAUUCAGCUAUCAGUAUCAUCUGCUUUCUUUCUGUAGUGCGCUUUUAGAAGUCGUAGAAAAGAUCUCCAACUUGGAAGCCAAACGAAAGAAACCACGGUUGUGGAUACCAGAAGUUCAUCUUUUUGGUUGGUUCACAUCUGGCGCACACAAGCAUAGCGAAGAAGAGGAAGAAGACGAUGAUGAUCCUGAUCAUAUGUCAGGCGUGUUGGAUAUCUUCCCUCAGUCGAGAGAUCCUGACGUCCUUGAACCUUCUAAUAUUUUUGAGCGAUUUGGUUUGGUAUUAUGGAAGAUAUGGAUGUUUUUUACGUCGACUGGGUCUCUUUUUGCACUCAAGACUGCUGUAUUAGUUGGUCUGGUCACAUUACCCUCCUUUUUAAAACAAUCUACCAGCUGGUACUACUACGAUAGAGGAUUAUGGGUUGCUAUUAUGGCGAUCAUGACACAUAGUCAGCAUAGAGGUGAUACGCUCUUCAACUGGUUCACGCGGUUGGUUUACUCUGUGGUUGGUAUAUUUGGAGGUCUUUUGAUAUGGUCAAUUGCUGCCCAGAAGGGUACAGGAAAUGCUUAUGCAGUUGGAGCAACCUGUGCCGUGGCCUUCCCGAUUAUGUUUUACAUAGUUAUGUAUUUCCCUGGUACGAGCGUCGGUAUGAUGGUCUUGAUGACAUCAGUCGCCAUGGUACUCGGAUACAGCUGGCAAGACUCACACAAUCCCAAUCUAGUCAACGUCGGCUGGGGAUGGGAACUCUCUUGGCGACGCUUGUUGCUUGUCUUGAUAGGUGUUACUUCUGCCUUCGUUUUUGCAUAUGUUCCGCCAGUAUCCAGCGCAAAGAGACAUCAGCGGUUGAUUUACUCCCGCACGAUUACGACUAUAGCCAAUAGCUGGUGUGCAAUCGUCGGCUAUGCUCUCAAUAGUCAUCAUAGGGAGAUCGAUGAAGAGGCAAUCACCAAAACGCUCCUUUCCGUUAAAUCCAAAUUGCGAAAGAGUAAAGCAAGGCAGGAUUUCGCCGCUUUCGAAUUCAGUUUACGUGGUAAAUGGCCACGAAAGAGAUAUGAAGCUUUACUCAACGUUCAACUCGACCUUGUUGAGCUACUUUCACAGUUUUUGACAGUGGCUAAACAACUUGAUCCGCUCUGGACGAAAGGUGUUAUGAAUAGGAGUAGAUUCAAUGAUCAUAGAUUUAUUGGAGACGUUCUGGCAUGCUUUGAAAUGUGCGCUACUAGUAUCAAGACGGGUAUGCCAUUGCCUCAAAUAACACCUUGUCCAUUGGUCGGUAUACGCCAUUCAGCUAAACUUGGACUUAGCUUGAGUGCAAAUGAUGAGGAUGUACCAGAAGGAUUACCAUUGCAUAUAGACUUUAACGUCCUCAAAAGUGAAGAGUAUUGGCUAUACUGUGUUGCUUACUCGCUCUCACAAUCUAUAUUAAUUAGAGUAGACAGGAUGAUGCUCUAUACAAAAUCACUAGUUGGUGAACAGUUCCACAUUAACUUGGAAGUAUAAUAGAAUUCGUUGCAUUGUUAGCACAGACGGGAAGUCAAAAUGAUUAGUAUUAUAAGAAAAAGAUACUCUAUACUCUACUAAAUCUUAAUAAAUGAUUCAACACACUCUCAAACAACUUCACAUGUAAUUUUAUCCAAUGUUAAUG